UCUUAAUUUUUUCACCGGUGGAUUUUUAAUUGGAGUCGGAGAUAAAAAAGGUCGCAGGAAUUUCAUCCUGGUCUGUUUAGUUCUUUCUCUUGCUUGAGCUCGCAGCAUCUUGUGUAUCCAUGCUGCUUUGGUUCUCGUCGUGGCCAGCAAGCAUGUCUGCCGUCUUCUGUGAGGCUUGGAUAUUCCGUUUAUUAUUGUCUUUCUGUCGUGUUCUUCCCAUUCAACUUGACAAAAACGAAAUCUAAACGUAUCCUAUGACGCUAAAACAAGUUGUAGUUAGUUUAUUUCAACAGUGAUAGCCAAUGUAAGACUGUUAACCACCUAACCCUCAAUGUUGCUUUGACAAGCGAGAGAACACGCCCUCACAGCGACGCCAUCCUGGACAUCCUGAGGAAUCUACUUCCAGACUGCGGUCUGUUCAUCUCAAUACUUCAAAACUCCUAAACACGUCACAAGUCUGGUACGUGGGUCUUUCCAGUGAGUUGGGGAAGAAUGAGGAACCAUGGCACAGUUUGAAAGCCUGAUAUGGACUAUACCUAUUAUAUUGGUGUUUGUAAGCAUUGGAUGCUGUAUUGCAUGUGGUAGAGCUGAGUACAGAAUAGGGGAUGAAUGUUGUCCCAUGUGUUCACCAGGAAAUCAUGUAUAUAAGCAUUGUACUGAAUUCACCAGCACCAGCUGUGUGCCCUGUGUUGAUUCUACAUUCCUUGAUGAGCCCAAUGGUCUCAUAAAAUGCAAAGUGUGUACCAACUGUGAUCCAGGUUUGGGUUUGAAGGUAAAGCAGCCAUGUAGACCUUCAUCAGACACUGUCUGUGGGACACUGGAGGGGUUCUACUGUCUAGACCCAACUAAGGAUGGUUGUAGAGCAGCCCAGAGACACAGCAGCUGUGAACCUGGUCAAUACAUCAGUAACACAGGAACAACAUCUACAGAUACUGUGUGUGCUGACUGCCCUGAUAAAACUUAUUCAGAUGGAUCAUUAACAUCUUGUCAACCACAUACAGAAUGUGAAUUCUUUGAAAUUGAACCAGGAACUCCUUGGUCGGAUUCAGAAUGUGGAGUAUCCUCACUUCCCACAGAUGGAAUCAUAGCUGGUGUUCUGAUUUUUCUAUUUUUUAGGACCAUAGCUGGUGUUUGUUUAUUUAUGAGAAGAAGAGAAAUGAUGAGAACAAGACAAAACUUAGACCCUCAAAUACCUACACAGGCCUUUCUGUUCUUUAUGUCCUCCUUCCCGCUUAGUGACCAUGACUCAUUGGUUCACAGAACAGGGCUCCGGUGA